CAUCAAAAUGAAUCAACUUGUCACGGAUCCAGGUUUGAGAAACUGGAUUAAAGCGUGUUUAGGCCUAAAGUAUGUCAGGGAUGGCAUGCUUCCUUAUAUGCAAAGGAAGUGCGAGGACGUGUACGCAAACAAUGAAACAUUCACCAAAACAAUUGCUAAAUUAACAACAUAUUCAUGCAGUGUUUGUUGUGUAAAGGAUGUUAAACCAAAUCAUUCUAUGAAUAGCUGCCCUGCAAAAGGACAGUUGGGUGGAAAAACAAAAUGCGCAUGUACUUCUAAAAAGAAACAAUUAUGCCCUAAUGGAGGUGCGUGUGGGGUUAUGUACGACAGAAUUAUGGACGACCAUGUCAAUAUGACCCCUCGGUGGGACAACUCAGAUUGUCAAAAAUGGUACCUUAACGGAUGGGAACAGAUGAAGUGUUUCAUAGACAUACCCGGAUAUAAAGACAAAGCACUUAUUUCGCAGGCAGAUGUAACUGCUUUUGUUCACAUUUGUCAGAACAACAAAACGUUUUAUACGAUAUUUAAAUCACAUUUAGGUAAACUAAUUCAGGUCCGGUCAGAUCGCAACGAGAUUUACCAUUCCGGAGAUUUGAAUUUAACAGAUGACAAAUUGAAAGAAUAUCUUGCAAACAUGAAAGCUGUGCUCAAGAUAGCUGUGUUUAACGCUUUUACAAGUGAUAUCCAGGAACAGUUGGAUAAACUGGCAAAAUUAGAGGCUGACGUCGGCAUUGAAGUUAAUACGGUUACAGAAAUUGAAGCACGGAAGGAAGCAUUGAGUGCUUUAAUCGAAGACACAAGAACGUUGGAAGAUAAAUCAGACUUAAGUAUCCAACAAGCCAAGUUUGCAGUUUUACAGGAUAACCACAUGAGAAGUAUUGCUGACCGCUUGAAAGGAAUAAAAGAGGAGUUCAAUCUUUGCGCAAAGGUCCUACUUGAACAAUCAAGCGAAUUAAAAAGCAUUACCGCGGGAGUUCAUGCAAAUACAAAGGCAUUUGAAGCUUUACAAAAGGAACUAGUGCAACAAUCCGAACUGAUCCGUGGUAUCGAAGUUACUACUGUUAAGACCAACAUAGUUGUAACAAAAAGCUACAAAACGUUGAAAGACGUGGAGUGCGAUGUAAAAACGAUUCUACUGAUAUUCAAGGAAAUUCUAAAGUAUAAUAGACCUCACGCCAGAAAUAUUAAUGGUACGAUUGUUGCUGAAAUAAUGGGGGCAGCUAACGAAAAGCAUUUAUCAAAUGAAAUUGUGCAGGCAAUCCGCAGUCAAAUAUCUAAUCCUGAUCAAGAAGCUAACGGUGAUAUCGACACUGUUCUGAUGGAUGUAAAAAAAGCUGUUGAAGCGGACGGAGAUGAAAUGAUCGAUGUCCGACCUGGUAGCAUAAUCAUUAAGAUCCUAUGCCAGUCCAUGUCCAACUGGAUAAACUUAUGCGAGAAAUGCAUUGAUGGCAGGAUGACACAGCUGUUCAAAUCGUUACAAGAUCACUUGAGAAAAAGCACAAGCUUUGGAAAUCUAACAAUUACGGUCGACAUGUUGGAAUCAGAUUUUAUUGAAUCAGUUGACACAAUUGUCAAGCAGUUAUAUCCAUACAUGAUUGCUGCCUUACCUCACAACAUGGAAAUGCACCGUCCAGAUGGAAUUGAAAACACAAAUGUACAGCAUAUGAAUGCUAUGUUAAAGUGUCUGCUGGAAAAAUCACACCAGUAUUCCCAUCAAAAACCACAAAUGCAGAUCGACAAUGGUCAAACAACAUGGGUCACAGUUGACCAAACUUGCAUGGAAACCAAAACCCAUCAGAAUGAAACACCGCCGACAAGUGAAACUUUGUUGGUUCAAAACACCUUUUCAGGGAGGCACACAGACCUAAACGUUAAGGAAGAUGUAAAAUCGACCGACUUGGAAGCUUGUGAUCGUAAAAUUGAUAUUUAUUCAAGGGAAGACGGACCAGAUAAGACGAAAGUGCAGGAGGAAAAUACCGCCUUACUUCUUGAAAUUGCGCAACUAUGUAAUCGUCCGGACAGAAAGACACCGGAAGUAUUGUUCCUCCUCGGAGCAACCGGUGUGGGGAAAAGUGCAAUGGUGAACACAAUCAUCAAAGCAUUGUGUGGAAAGUACUUUCCCAAAGCCAAGACGGGCCAUGGGCUUGCUGCAACGAAAACACUUACACUUCAAUGGUUCAAGCACUGUGGCAUUGAGAAAUUUGAACUCCAAGAUUUGCAAAAUGAUGCAUUCAGAAAAUGUCUGGACAAAUUGCCCACUAUAAUCGAUGCAGCCGGAAAGGGUAACGAGAAUAGCGCAGAAUUUCGUGAAAUACUUGAAAUGGUGUUCGGAGGCUUCAUUCCUCCAGGCACCUCCGUUGCUUUUCUGCAAGAUCAGCAAGCGGAACAAGGAGUAGGGUGCCUCAAGCGAUUAUACACCAGCCCUCGCGAAGAGUGGAAGGUCACCAAGGUUGUGUUUGUCGCCUGUUGUACGCAGGCCCUUCCAACCCAGUUGGUUGAAUGUCUGAACGAUGUCCUUAAAACCUAUGACAGGAAGACGGGUUUGUCGAAAUUCGAUAUCGAUGUGUUCGUAGCCAUCACUAAAUUCGAUUUAGUUGAGGAGCAGAGCAGCUUUGAGAUUGAUUCUCAAGAGGACAAAAAGAUAACCAUGAAAGACUUUCUUGCACGAGAACGCGAAGUGGCGACACAUUUCAGCAUCGACGGCUCCUUAAAGCACAACAGCAUCCGUUGGGUUAGCUACGUGGACGGUCAUAGCGAGGACAACCCUUUCAUCGAGAACAUCGCUCUUAGGUUCGUGAGGCAGAUGAUGCAACCUGGACGGAGUAAACAUCAAGAGGAAAACGAGCCUUCACCUGUUGUCACUACUCGAGUAGAGAUGGCCCGGCAUGCUGAGAGGUGGGUGAAUGAAACCAAUGUGGACGUUAAACAAGUAUUGAUCUUUCUCUUUGUAGCCAUCUUCAUUGCCUUUCUUUACAAGAUACUGUCCAAGUCAGUCUAAAGAUGGGGAUGUUGAAAUGGAGGCAUGGUUACAUCGUCCAAGGUAUACGUUCAAAUUGGGUUUGCUGUAUUGGGGACACAUAUUUAUCACUUAUAUUAAAUGAUAUAGAUUAAAAUGUACCACCAUAAACUUGUGUUAAAAAGCUCAAGAUUUGAGAGCAAUUAUUGCAAAACUGAACAUGUUGAAAUUGGAUUUUACAGAUUAUUUUUAUAUAAGUUUUUUGGAUAAUAGAGUAACAUAACAACAUGCAUAUUAUGCUUUUCAUAAGUUCGAAAACAUAUUAAUCACUACAGUAGCUUUAAAAACAAGGUGUACACGUAUUGAAGCACUUACUUCAGGAAUGUUUAACGAAGUCCAUUGAAGGAUAUUUAGAGUAAAAUAUUAGAAUUUUCAACAACAUUUUGUAGGUUUGCACUGAAAUUUCUGUGUGUUUGUUGCAUUUGCUUAAAUUCACUGUAUAUACCAAUGUUAAUUGUAAAUUUUGUCUUAUUGAUCGCUUUGCCAAAUAUACAACAAUAAAUUAUUUAUGGAACAUAUACACAAGUUAAUAGGCCAUACAAUUUUGUUAAGGAUCUUAAGAGCAAAACAAACAAAAGGUAAGCCUAAUUAAUAUGCAUGUGUUUUGAUACGUAUACAUGAAAAAAUAAAUUGCAGGUGAAAUUGUCAAAUUUAAUUUAUUAUUUUGAUUAUCAAUUCAUAUUUCAUGUUUUAUGCGUUGUUAUUGCAUUUGUGGUUAUGUGGUACUAUUUUAAGAUAAGGUAUUUAAGUAACAAUUUACACAUAUAAGACUCUCUCGCUAAAUAAAUAAAGUAAAUUAUUGAAUGUGUAGUCCCAGUGUUACAUCUAGCUCUGUAUUGUUCGCUUGAACAUGAAUCGGUGCGUUUAAAGUUCCAUAGAGUGCAUACUAUUUAUAAUAAGUAUGCUUGGACUGUAACAACUGUUCAAGCGACCUAACAGUAAGUGACUUAUUUCAUGAGUCCAGCCUCCAAGCUAGUAAUAUACUUACUGAAUGAGUCCAGCUUUCAAGCUAGCCAUGCACUUUCUUUAUUAUUCCAGCUUCAAAGCUGGUAAUGGACUUAAUUGAUUAGUCAAGCCUCCACGAUAGUAAUGGACAAAAUCAGUCCUUGUCUUCCCGACCGGAGCAUCGGGCUUUUAAAUCAGCACCCCAUCUAUUCCGUUAUUAGGAAUACAUUUUUUGCCUACUUGCGCAGCUCUAUGUCUAGUGUUCAACGCCAGGAAUUUGUUGGCCAUCAUAUUACAUGUAUGCCUUGAGAAUUCCAAUUUUCGACAUGGCUUGUUCUGAUGUGCUUUACGCAGAGUGUGGUCCAUCCUGUAGACCUUGUCCGAUUGAGCAUUAUAAAAACACCUUUUUUGAUAACUGUCUGAAAAUUAAAUUCCAGACAUAACCCUUUUAAGCUCACCUGAGCACAAGGUGCAAAGAAAACUAUGACCGCCAAUGGGCGAGGCAGUUUUCCUUACAUGGUUAUAGCGGAAUCUUGUUAAAAAUCUAGAAGUCCCCUUUUUGUCCAAUCUUCGUGAAACUUGGUCAGAACAUUUUUUGUAAUGAUAUUUCGGUUUGAAAAUGGUUACGGUAUUUUGAAACAAAUAUGCGGUACAGAUUUCAGAGCUUAUGGCUCUCUCGUUGUUGUUUUUUGUACAAUAUUUUCUUCGUGGAAUUUGGUCUUAUUUAUUUCUCCACGGAAGUUAUUCAUUUUGAACUUGUUUUGUUCACGCUUGGCCAAAGUAAUAAUACGCAUGUCAGAAAUAUUAUUAUUUGUUUUUUCUAUAUGUGUUUACUCCGUUGUACAAUGUGUGUGUUUCAUGUAUUAGACCACAAGUAUGAGAGUGCGGGCUUCAUGUUGGCAUUCAUUUUAAGUUGUGUUUAUCAUGGUUCAGGUUAUCGGUUGUUGUUAAAUAAUUAAUGCUUUUGUGUCAAUAAAACUGGGAAGUUAAACAAUGUUUUAAAAA